UCGUUAAGAUCUACAAUUAACAAAAGUCUACGGAAAAAACGUUUAAAAAUUUCUUUCGUUUUCGUUUCGAACUAAAUAUGGAUACACUCAUAGUGAUAACAUUUGCCCUAGGUGUUCUAUUUAUGCGAUACUUGUCCAAAAUUAAGGAACUCGUGAAAUUAAAACAAUGGUCAGCAAUGGUGCCUGGACCAACAACGAGAGAACUUAUGGCAAAUGCCAAAGAAGGCAGCAUCCUCAAAUGGCUUUACGAAUUGCGUAAGAAACAUGGUCCAAUAUUUCGCAUUUGGUUUGGCAAAGAUAUGACUGUAUUCUUUAGUGAUCCUGAGGACAUCAAACAACUGCUGACCAGCAAUAGUUUGCUCUACAAAGCGAACAACUAUAAUGCCGUAGUGCCUUGGUUGGGUUACGGCUUAUUGACAAGCGGUGGAGAAUUAUGGCAGGCAAGGAGAAAAUUUCUAACACCAGCCUUUCAUUUUCGCAUCCUCAGUGAGUUCAAAGAGCCGAUGGAAGAGAAUUGCAAAAUAUUGGCAACCCGUCUAAUGAAAGAGGCCCAAAGAGGUGAAGAAUUUGAUGUAUAUCCCUAUAUAACAUUAUUUGCUUUAGAUGUUAUUUGUGAGACGGCAAUGGGUUUGAAGAAACAUGCCCAAAUGCAGAAUGAGUCAGAGUAUGUGAAAGCCGUAAACAAAACUUGUCAUCUAUUUCAUAAAAGAUCAUUUUCCCUCUGGCAGAGACUAAAUAUUUUCUACAAAUACACCAAAGAUGGCAGAGAACGAGAUGCUGCACUGAAAAUUAUGCACGAUGAGACAAAUCGUGUCAUUAAGCUUAGGCGAAAACUAUUGCAGGAUUCGCAAAUUCUUAGCAUGCAAGAUGCUGAGAAGACCUUCGAUAGCGAUGGAAAGAAAAAACGUUUGGCAUUUUUGGAUAUGCUCCUAAUUUCACAAAUGGAGGGAAUACCACUCACCGAUCAAGAAAUACGUGAAGAAGUUGAUACUUUCAUGUUUGCGGGACAUGAUACCACCAGCUCAACCAUAAGCUUUGCCAUAUAUCUACUAUCGCAACAUGCAGAGAUUCAAAAGAGGACAUAUGAGGAAGCUGUCGCUUUAGAGGGCAAGGAAAAAGAAUCAAUGCCAUACUUGGAGGCCAUUAUUAAGGAAACUCUGCGUUUGUAUCCUGCUUCAGCUUUCUUUUCCAGAGGGGUGAAAGAAGAUUUGGCGGUAGGAUCACUUACUCUUCCCAAGGGUGCCAAUGUUACAGUUUUAACUUAUGCUGUGCAUCGUGAUGAAAGAUAUUUUCCUCAACCAGAACAAUUUAGGCCUGAGAGAUUUAUGGAAAAUGGCAAAGAGUUGCACCCUUUCUGUUUUGUUCCUUUCAGUGCGGGACCAAGAAAUUGCAUUGGUCAAAAAUAUGCCAUGUUAGAAAUGAAGUGUGUCCUCUCCUCAUUACUCCGAAAAUUUGAAUUUUUGCCUGUUAAAGGCUUUCAACCACAACCUGUGCCAGAAAUUGUUCUUAAAAGUAAAAAUGGUAUUAAAAUUCGGAUAAAGCAGCGAUGCUAGCAGACCAC